UAGAGAGUAGAUGACUAAACGUAAAUGUAAUGCUACUUUAGGUAAAAUAAUACUACAGAAUAAUAAGGACUUUUAUCCGAGACAGCCAAAAAUUGUGUUCCUUAAGAAAUAAGGAGACCUAUCAAAACAAACAUCAUGUUGGCUCAAAGUCAGAAAUAGAUUUAAAUGCUCUGAAGGUUUCAAAUGUCAAGUUAUUAGUUCCAAGAAUCAGUAGAGGAAGUAGUAGUUUUACGUGGUCAUGCAGUUUAUCAAACAUUAAUCUCUGCCCAGCGCUAGAAUGUAAAAGGUUUUUUUCUGGAGAGUAGACAGACACAUGAUGGAUUAAAAGCAAACGGCUAACACUGGAAGAGGUCUGGCGUACCUGAACAUGUAGGAUGGCUCCUGCAGUUAUUAUCUGCUGUCUGCUCACCAUUAGCUGCUGCUUAACAACGGUGACUAGCCAACCCGGCGAUGCAACCUCCAGCCCUGCGUCCACUCGACCUGCAGUGACCAAGCGCAACCACCACAACCACUCCAGCUUCCCUUUCAUGUCGAUUGUGGCCGGUGGAAGUUGCGCGAAUCCAGACCUGUGCUGUUCUGGAUUGAAUGACGGCUGUCACCGCUGGGAUUGUUAUUGCGACGUGGCUUGUCUGAGAUAUAAGGACUGCUGCCCUGAUUUCAGAUCCACCUGCCUCACAGUCAAUAACAGCACCAGUGACUCUAAACCAAGCAGCACUUUGCCACUGACAGGUUCGUGUUCACACCCGGCUCUAUGCUGCACCGGCUUCAACUACAGCUGUUUCAGCGGCUGUUUCUGUGACGAGGCCUGCGUAGAGCAUAGUGACUGCUGUCCCGACUACAACAGUACCUGCAUUUUCAGCAGCACUAGCGCACCUCCUCCGAUCACCUCCACUGCAGCUCCACCAAAAGUAGUCACUGUUCUGGAGGUGAAGGUGAAGAUGAUGUUACCUGAAGAAGAUCAUCAGGCCGCUCUGCUUAAGGUUGGCGCUGUGCUGGAGAGUCUCUUAAAAGGGAAUAAUACUGAAAUCUACUCCUUUAAAGUCAUGCAAAUCAAACAGGUAUCGCCAUAGGACUGAGUCAGAAACCAGCUGAGAGGAACAGAUGUGAAUAAAUGCUCAUCACCGCUCAAUGUUUAUUAUAUUCAACCAAAAAAUGUGUGUCUGUGUUUAUGUGGGGGAAUCCACUGCUGUUUUGACGUUGUCUUUAUUUCUCUGAUUUUGACAUUUGUGUGUGAUUAUAAUGCUGUAUUUAUAGGAAGAACACUUGUGAAGUAAGAAAAUUUCGUGCUGCUGCUCCGUGACUUGGUUCGUUAGAUGUUGCAUGAAUACUGAGCAACGUUUUUCUAGGAAAUAUGGAAAACAAUGAGCAGGUUUUGACAGCUGGGGAUGUUGGCCUCCAGUGUCAAGCAAUGAGAAGAAAGUCUUAUUUUAUACCAGACUGCUUCAUCAGAACCAGACACCAUCGUGAGACAGCUUUAUAAAAUAAUGUUCUCAUUGCGCCAUUUUUAAUUAGUUCUGACUUUUUAGGACAUUUUCCCAGACUUAGAGAGCAUGCUUUUAUAGAAGCCCAUUACUGCCACUGCAACUUUAAAUGCACAGAGAUCAGCUAUAAAGGCAGUUGCAAGGAAAAAAUGUCAGAACUCCAAGAUAAACACUCUUGCAAUUGCAGGGUUUAACUUUUAAACCUUUAAAUUAAUAUACAAUUGACUUUAUUUAUUUAAAUACCAACUUUAUAACUUCAUGCUUAUAUCGCGAAUUUGAUUUUAUAUUCCAGAAUUGCUAUGAACUGACAGUCACAAUUCUGAGAAAAGUCAGAAUUGCAAGAUAUAUUUUAAAUGUAUAUCUCCCAAAUAUGCAUUUAUUUCUCAUAAUUGCAAGUUCAUCUCAGUUUUUUUGUUUGUUCUUGCAAUUGUG